UUGAAUUCUAAACUACGGAGUGCGGAAAGGGCCAAAAUGUAUGUUAGCGCUGUUAUUAGCUUGUCUAACGGACAGCUUAAUCAAAAAAGUAUACAGUAUUUAACCUCUGGUGCAUAGUGGUUACUACAGUGGGCAGCUAUUGAAACAUCCCAUGGUGCCUGUAUGUAUUGUACGGCGUAGACUCUUUAUCUUUAGGGAAGCUAGCGGGAUUUAGACGCCGUAAAAAAUGUGCAAAGUCGGAAUGCUCCGCGAGCUGGUCCAACAGCGACUAAACAUGGCAAUUCAGGACAUUUUUCAAUUAUUUGAACAGACUUUAGCCGAGUACAAAGAGGAACUGGGUCGAACAAAGGAGGAGAACGUACGCCAACGCGAGCUACUGGAAGCUUUUCUACAACCUCAAGUUCAGCUACACGCAAUAGACAUCCAGCAGGUGUCAGUGGACACCCAAAAACAUGAGGAUGGCCCAUCGGAACACCUCCACAUUAAAGAGGAAACAUGGAGCGGUCGAGACGAGCAAUCCGACUGCGCCGCCUUCACGCAAGUGCCCGGCGUUUCCGUCAAGAGCGAAGUCGGCGAAGCGCAUCAACAACACAACAAAGAAGCCGACGAAGAAAAACCCAAUACGGACGACGUCAUGUCCCGCUCAUUCGACGGCGAGCCCGCUCAAGAACCUUCCGUCGAAACCUCAGAGGAAUUCGCAUCCCCUAACCCGAAGAUGAACACUCUGGACGACCCCGAACUCCCACACGUCAAAGAAGAAGACGACAACGACGACCCCCAGUGGACCGUUCCCAAUGAUGACCGCGUCAACCCCGAGUCUUCCAACCUCCCCUUGAAAAUCGAGCCAAUCAAACUCGAGCCGAUCAAACUCGACGGCAACGCCGGCCCGAGCUGCGCGGGCGACUUCGUCCAAGGCGGGCCGUCUCAGGGCGGCUCAUCCGACGACAUCACGUCCCACUCGUCGGACGAAGCCCCCAAAAAAGCCAAAAAACAAUUCCCUUGUUCCGAAUGCGGUAAAACCUUCAGUAACCGCGGGAUUCUCACCCGCCACAUGAAGAGCCACACGGGCGAAAAACCCUUCUCCUGCCCGGCGUGCGAGAAAACCUUCAGCCGCCACGACUGCCUCCGCUCGCACCUGCGCUGCCACACCAGGGAAAAACCCUUCCACUGCUCUCUGUGCACGCAAACCUUCCGCCACCGUCAGAACCUGCGCUCACACUUGAGGAGCCACACCGGCGAGAAACCCUUCUCCUGCCCUACCUGCGGCAGCACCUUUUCCACCAGAGCGAACUUAAAAAGACACGUCAGCAUGCACACCAGAGAGAAGCGCGCCAUUCGUCAAAAGCGCUUCACCACCAAAGGCAACAUGGUGUUACACACACGAACCCACACGGGCGAGAAGCCAUUUACCUGCACCGUGUGCGAUGGGGCGUUCACCACCAAGUGGCAAUUGAUGCGCCACGCCCGCACGCACACCGGAGACAAACCCUUCUGGUGUUCCGUUUGCUACCAACGAUUCACCCUAAAGGACACCAUGCUGACGCACUUGGAAGAACACGCCCGCGAGGCCCCGUACACCUGCGUAGCCUGCCCGGCCACCUUCGACACCAGGAAGGAACUGUCGAAGCACAAUUGCACGCACGUCGGCGAGAAACUGCACCCCUGUCCCGUGUGCUCGAAAAGGUUCUCCCGCAAGAGCAACAUGACGGCGCACAUGAAAGGGCACUCGGGCGAGAAACCAUUCACCUGCCCCGUUUGCAACAAGGGCUUCGUCAGCAAAGCCGUCAUGAUGAGACACGGGCUGACGCACACCGGCGAGAGACCGUUCGGUUGCGACGUGUGCCAUAAAAAGUUCACGCGCAAGUUACACGUCACCAAACACAAAUGUCCCGGCGUAAACGACUACAUGGACAAUUUGAAGGAGAGUGAAAGUGUCUGAGGUGGGAGUUUACUCGUAAUUUAUUAACCGCCCUUGAUAGUCCAAUGAAUUUGAUGAAUUUGAUUUGCGAGAAAUGGUAGCGAGUAAUCAUGUUUCGAUGAAAGUGAAAGUUUCUGAUGUGGAAGUUUAUUCAUAACUAGAGAUGUCGGGUUAGGGUUUCCGAUCAAGUCAUUUUCAAAGUAUCGGAAUCGGCAAAAAAUAUCGGACAUGCCUUUUUUUUAAUAUAUAUAUAUAUAUUAGGGCUGUCAAACGAUUAAAAUUAAUUAGUUAAUUACAGCUUAAAAAUUAAUUAAUCGUAAUUAAUCGCAAUUAAUCGCAAUUCAAACCAUCUAUAAAAUAUGCCAUAUGUUUCUGUAAAUUAUAUACAGUAUAUAUUAUGUAAAAUAAAUUGUUGGAAUGGAAAGAUAAGACACAAGAUGGAUAUAUACAUUCAACAUACGGUACAUCAGGACUGUAGUGGGCAUUUCACUCUACUGUCAUUUAAAUCUGUCUAUGCUGUCCUCACUCCGAAGCGUCUACUUUUUCCAAAGCUAGACAGCUAGUGAACAACGCCUUAAUAAUCAGACUUCUUCCUUUUUCAUCUGAUUUAUUAAUAAAAUGGCCUCAAACCAUUGUCCUCUUUAGACCGUCGUAAAACUACAAAAAAAAGUACACAAGCAUUGCAUUAGCAACAACGUUAGCUUAGCACGCUAUACAGGUUCACAAAACAUAAACAAAAAGUGUCUCUUACAAAAAAUGUAACAUUUCGCUUACUAACAUAAUAUGUACAUUCUUUACAACAACCAUACUUACGGACAAAUCUUGUCCAAAGAUCAUAUAAGCACAACAUUACAACGUAGGCGUCAGCCCGAGAUGUCGUGCAGCCAUAUUGAACUGGCAAGAAAACAAUAAACCAUGUCGCAAAGUGACCACAAGGGUUCGCUGUUAGACAGUACAAAAAGCCUUGCUGUAAAACUUACCAAAAGGCAGAAUACUGUCUGAGCGGGACAUGUGCGUUAAUUGCAUCAAAUAUUUUAACGUGAUUAAUUUAAAAAAAUUAAUUACCGCCCGUUAACGCGAUAUAUAUAUAUAUAUAUACAUAUAUAUAUAUAUAUAUAUAUAUAUAUAUAUUUUUUUUUUUUUUAAUCGUUUUCUAAUUGUAUUUAACGUUACAGACAUAAUAUGUUACACUCAUCCAGAGUCUUUAGCUUAGGCUUAAGGUAGGGUUAUCAAGUUUAUCCCGUUAACGGCAGUAAUUAAUUUCUUUUUUUAAUUUAUCACGUUAAAAUAUGUAACGCAAUUAACACAGGGCGCUGCACGACCCACUCACGCAUUGUCGCAUUCAAUAUGUAAUGGCGCCGUUAUACCUAUAUAUAGAGCUAAAAGGCAGCGUAAAAUGAGUAGAGUGAAUUUUGGCAGUCUUUGGAGCAUUUUUUUAAUUGGCUAAAGCCUUACAAUCCCUCUCCCUACGAUUAGAAAUAUCGUGGGAAGCAAUGUGGGGAAGAAAGGUAGUAAAUGAUCUUUUUCUUAACACCCUAUGUUAUUUUCCAACGCAGAGAAGACAUAUCAAUUGGUACCACUACGCACAGUCGUGGGUGCACUUCCCAUCAUGCAUUUGGGCAUGGCUACAGUAUCAUUUACUGAAAGCUCAACAAAUACACUAGAUGGCAAUAUCUAGUCACAAUAUACAAAGUCACAAGUCUUUAUCCGUGGAUCCCUCUCACAGAAAGAAUGUUAAUAAUGUAAAUGCCAUCUUGAGGAUUUAUUGUCAUAAUAAACAAAUACAGUACUUAUGUACUGUAUGUUGAAUGUAUAUAUUCGUCCGAGUUUUAUUCAUUUUUUUCUUAAUGCAUUGCCAAAAUGUAUAUGAUCGGGAAAAAUUAUCGGGAGUGAUUGGAAUUGAAUCGGGAGCAAAAAAAAAAAGCAAUCGGAUCGGGAAAUAUCGGAAUAGGCAGAUACUCAAACUAAAACGAUCGGAUCGGGAGCAAAAAAACAUGAUCGGAACAACCCUAUUCAUAACUCAUCGGCCAGUGACAGCCAAUGAGUUGAUAUCGGUUUCAUAACAAGCUUGAAAACGUACGUCAUGAAGAUAGCUUUUAAUAGGAGCCUUGUCGUCAUGUUUAGCUAGCGCUUUGUGUUCUGUGUAUCAUGUAACGCAUACUAUGUGUACCAUGCUGUGGCAUUGUCAAACAUUAAAGCGGAAAUGUGAAGUAAGGUUGGCCAACCAUGUUUUUGAAUAAUAUCAAUGGCUAAACAAUUCUAAGCAUAUUUUCGUUAUUUUUUUAACGCAACCCUUCCAGAUUCUUUGUUUAACUCAUAGCAACGCCCUUGACAACGAAAAUGCUUUUCUUCGGCAAUCUUCGGAAAUGACGUCACACCUAGAAGUGCGAGGGAAGUCCGCCAUAGAACAGUAUUGUUUGUUGCAUUGUUUCUCGGUAAGAUGCCGCGGCGGUGUGUGGCGAUGUUUUGUUCUCACUCUAACGAAAAGUUGUUUGUGUGGCCAAACGAUAGAUGAGCACGUAAAUGGACAUCUUUCGUUCUCACGAAGCAAAUGAAUUUCACGCCAUCAGCGAGUCGUGUUCUCUGCUACAAACACUUCGAAGAUGCCUGCUUCCUUAACCGGUCUGCUUAUGAUCAAGGAUUUGCCAAAAGGUAAGUGUGAUUUUUGGAUAGAUGACUAAUGACUUUGUCAAAGCAGAGCUGCCAACUGCUGUGGAAUGUACAGUAUAAGCUAGCGACGUUAGCCGAAAGCCAACUCGUGGCAAUCCCCGAUCAUAGUUGUUGUUGCGUUCGCUAGGUUAAGCGUGUUUAAGUUGUGCGUCAUCUACGAUCUUGUCCGAAAGGGUUAAUCCACUGUCAAUCGGGAAAGGCGUGUAGAUGUGCAAAUAAGCGGGUCAGCGUUGCGGUAAUUCACGGUCACGUUGCCGUAAGAGACACACACCGCCGGUGAGUUUGUGCACAUUUAUUUGUAUUUGUAGUAUGCAUUUCCACCUUCAUGCUUCAAGCAUUGAAUUGCAUUUGUAUGGUUCGGCAUUUCUUUCACGGUGAUUGCUCGAUAGCAUUCUAGUUGGUGUUGUACGAGAGCCGCUGACAGCUGACGAACAAGCGUGUUGGCAUUGAGUCAAUCGCGCAGCGAAUCAGCGAGCGGCUCAAGUCACACAGUGAAUCAUGGGAAAUGUAGUCUCGGGACAACACUGAAGUGGUGCUUUGUAGUCUGUUCGCUUGUGUGAAAAAACUACAUUUCCUCACGCCAUUAGACGCCACUUCCUUCAAGCAGUGUUUGUACUGUUAGCUCCAUGUGUUAAUAAAGAAACAAAGUUGUCAGCACGUCGUGUGUUCGAUACCUUUGUCAACAAAAAGCUCAUAACAAGACACUAUGCACAAUCCGUUGAAGAGACGCCGGGACUGGAAGUAGUAGUAGCUGGUAGUACGAGGUGAGGCGGAGAUGAGCGAGAAGCAAAACUUUGCGGUCGAAUGUGAAGGCAGUCCGCUAUUAUUUUGUUUUUGCCACAAUAAAGUGAAGAAAGCCGUCAACGACUCAUCUCCUUCUUUCCCCCCAAUGUUUUUAUAUUAUUAUUUUACAUGCACGAGAGCUGCCGGAUCUGCCAAAAUGAACAUGAAGUCUGAUUAUUAUUUUUUUAAACAAUGUCAUCAGAUAGACAAAAACAUAAAAUUAUUUGCAAAUGCCUGCAUCUUCUAAUCAUGAAAAUAAUAACAGCCUAUAUCUUACCAAGCCUAUAUCUUAUCUUUUGUAGAUGCACAAAUAUUACCAAGAUUUUCAUAUGUAUUUUCGAGAUCCACAAAUAUAUCUGUGAGUUUCACAUGUGUUUUUGUAAUCUACAAAUACAGUGUAUCACAAAAGUGAGUACACCCCUCGCGUUUCUGCAGAUAUUUAAGUAUAUCUUAUCACGGGAAAACACUGACAAAACACUUUGACCCAAUGAAAAGUAGUCUCAUAAGCGGAGUUUAAGGGGGGGGCAAGCCGCCCCUGGUGGCCAAAAAGUGUCAUUGCAUGUAAUUGACUUUCCUGUAUAGAUAAAAGUUGUAAAGCAAUAAAACUGUAACAAAAAUGAAUGAAAUGAACAAAAAAAAAAUAUUUUUAUAAUGGGUCAAAAUUAUUUUUCAGAUCAUGUGACUAGCAACUUAGACGGUCAUUUGCUUUGCAUAUAAAUUUCAACAACAACAAAAAAAAAAAAUCAAAUGACUUUUUUUCUUUGAAAAUACAGUAUAUAUAUUUUUUGAUAGAAGCAACUUUUUUUAGGGAUUAAAUGAUUUAGACACAAAUGUCCUAUCCAUAAU